AUGGUUGGAGGUAUUCCAGAGAAGAGUUUUGGAAAAAUUCCAAAGUACUUGCACAUGCUGAGAGAAGCUAAUCCAGGAAUGCAUAUGUUUUAUAAAACUGAUGUUGAUGGUAGAUUCAGAUUUCUCUUCGCUUCGUUUGGCCAAUCAGUACGAGGUUUUCAGACAGCCAUGCGACAAGUUCUUGUUGUUGAUGGGACAUUUUUAAAGAGCAAAUACAAAGGGGUAUUACUUGCUGCGACAACUUUAGAUGGAAACUCUAACUUGUAUCAUGUUGUGUUUGCGGUCGUGGACUCAGAAAAUGAUCGUUCAUGGGAUUGGUUUAUGAGACAGCUAAAGGUUGUUGUUGCGGACGAGCAUUCUCUAGCUUUUGUGUCAGACAGAAAUGCCUCACUUUGUAAGGCAAUAGAGAAUGUGUAUCCUCUUUCUCAACAUGGAAUUUGCAUCCACCAUUUGUUGAAUAAUGUGGUCACACAUUACAGAGGAAAGAGACUGGCUGGAUUGAUUGCAAAAGCUUCUAAAGCUUAUAGAGUCAUUGAUUUUCAGAAGCGAUUCCAAGCUAUGUGUAAUAUUAGUCCAACUAUUGGAAAAUAUUUAACAGAUGCAGAUGUUACAAAGUGGGCUCGUUGUCAGUUUCCAGGAUUCAAGUAUGACAUUAGGACGACAAACCCAGCUGAAUCAAUAAACUCUGCUUUGCGCACACUAAGAGAGUAUCCACCAGUUGACGAGUACCGUUUUUUAGUUCGCAGAGAUACAAUUGACUGCCUGGUUGAUUUGGACAGAAGAACCUGCUCAUGUGGGAAAUACGACCUACUGAAAAUCCCAUGUAGACACGCAAUCAAGGCUGGUUUAACUGUUGGUCGAGCCCCAUCCUCCCUAACGGAUGACAUGUACACGACUUCCACUUGGAGAACAACUUAUCAAGAAACUAUCAAUCCAAUAGGUGUUCCUGAGGAUAGUGGGGUUGUUCCAGAUGAUGUUUGGAAUGCUAAUGUGGUACCUCCUGAAUCAAGAAGAGGAGCAUGA